CUGAAAUGGCUUCAUGAUGAUAAUGGAAGCGCGCCGGCUGCUCGCAGCAACGAUGACUCCAAUGAAACCCGCGCUACGGACUCAACACGUGAGCAACGGAUUACAACCUAAGGCACAACUUGGCCAGGUUGUGCGUAAAAGGCAUCCUUGAAAUCCUCAAAUGAAGCGCUGAUUGCUGAAACCAGCGGCACGAUAAGAGGGUGUGCCGGUCUGAAAACAGGAAUUCCUGUCGUUCAGUUUUGACGUGCGCCCACCCUACCACCCCCCAAUAUUUCCAGUUGGGACCGUGGCAAGGCUCAGAUAUUGCGCUUCCCUUUUGGUGCCUAAAUGAGCAACAAUCAUAUAUAAAAAAAAAAAAUAACUACACACACGCGAAAGCCCCAGUUUAUUUCGGUUCAAAUUUUCAAGACGAGCUCCUAAAUGAGGAGCUCCAAGAGAAGUCCUGUUGUGCCGUGAUGAAGACCUCUGAUGAAACGGGCAGCAUCACCGAGGGAGUGCGGAUUCCUCGCCUCAUCUCCAAGUAGACGACCUCCUACCGACUUCCUUCGCGUCACCCCGCCCGUCUGCCUGCCGUCUCCUCCUUUAAACCUUCUGCUCCGACCAGUCCUUUGAGCGAAUCCGGGGCUCAGACUGUAAACAUACUCGGAGAGAAAGUGGACAGAGCCACAACACAGACUCCACACCUCACUACCUGCUCCAGCUGGAGGAGAACAGAGAGGAGGCAGGGGAGGACGCACGGCGCACAAGUGCAGGCGCGUCCCUGGGUGCCAGCGAACCUGGGCAUCAGACGGGUGUAGGGAGCAGAAAUAAAUUGGAAUAAGUGUUACCCUCGACAACUCAUUUGGGGAAGCGCACAGAUUAGUUUGAAGACAGCCUAGAUGAGUGCAUGGUAAGAGGAGUCAUGCAUCUCAACAGAGAAGAAGACAGCAGCAAAGGCUCAGUGUCACUCAGUGUAUUCCUGCUCUCUGUUGCAGUCGUAAUAUGUGCCGUUUGGCUCGUAGCUUUAUGUGGCAUCUGUACCUGGUGUCAACGUAAACUGGGGAAGAGGAAUAAACCGGGGAUGGAGGCUGCCAGCUCUCCGGAUUCUGUGAGAGGUCGAGGGGAAAAUAAAGCCAUCAACGAUCUAGACAGAGACUUUUGGAAUAACAAUGACAGCAGCAACGUGCAGCAGAGGUGGAGCUCCUACCCGCCCAAGGAGUUCCUCCUAAAUAUGUCUCCCUAUGCUCCCUACGGAGACCCUCGCCUCACUCCCAAUGGGGCCGUGGAUAGGGGUGGGCAGGGCGGAGCUGGACCCUCUCCGGGGGUCAGCGACAGCGGGGGUGGCGCUUGCUCCAAUGCAGGGGAGGGGCCAAGUCGCAGCGACAGCAUUCGGAGCAUGGUGACGGGGGGCAGCAAGGCCGGGCGCUGGCAGACGGUCCAGAGCCACAUGCAUGCCGGAGGCCUGCGGUUUGGCAAUUUCGGGGACACCUCUCUCUCGUCCGCCUCCACUCUGGAGCACAUCCCCUCCUCGGCGGUCGCGCGCCCCCGCCCUCUGGUCCGCCAGCAGAGCCUCCAACAGCCCCUCACUCACCAGCCCCCUCCGGGUCCCAACGACCCCCCGGUCACCUCACAGAGUCUGGGCCAGCUGCACACGGGUCCAGGCGGCGGGGGCCACCGCGGGGGCCCGCGGGGGGUCCGGGGGAGUCCGGCUGGAGCUUCCAGGCACAGAGGGACAGGGGCUGGCCGGUCACGGUCAAAUCCAGGAAGCUGGGACCACAUGAUGGAGCAGAUCCGCCACAGAGGUCUGGACGUCAAGUCUUUCCUUGAGGGGAAGAUGGUUGUUCUGUCUCUAGCAAUCGGGCUGGCUGAACAGGAUGACUUUGCCAACCUCCCAGAUCUCCAGGAAGCUCCGGCAAGCAAAGAAAAUGAAACCACACCAGACAAAAGAACUCCAGGAAACAAACCAGUGAGCAGCCCCAGAGGUCAGACCCCAGAUGAAACCGGACGCCGCCAGGGCCAGAACCACGAAGCCAAUUCUUCCGUCACCAACUUGGCCAACUCGGUCACCAGUGACAUGCUGAUGCUGUCACCAGGUUCUGAAGAGGACGAACACGAGGGUCCAGUGCGUGAGAAACUGGGUCGCAUCCAGUUCAGCGUCGGAUACAGUUUUCAGGACUCGACUCUCACUGUCAAAAUUCUCAAGGGCCAGGAUUUGCCUGCCAAGGAUUUUUCAGGCACGUCCGAUCCUUUUGUGAAAAUCUACCUGCUCCCAGACAAGAAGCACAAACUGGAGACUAAAGUCAAGAGGAAGAAUCUAAACCCACACUGGAAUGAGACGUUUUUAUUUGAAGGCUUCCCAUAUGAAAAGGUGGUUCAGAGGACUCUGUACCUGCAGGUUCUUGACUACGACCGAUUCAGCAGGAACGACCCCAUAGGAGAGGUGUCCAUUCCCCUCAACAAGCUGGACCUGGCCAACAUGCAGACUUUCUGGAAGGAGCUGAAACCGUGUAGCGACGGCAGUGGAAGUCGAGGGGAUCUCCUGGUGUCCCUGUGCUAUAAUCCCACAGCCAACACCAUCACUGUGAGCAUCAUCAAAGCACGCAACCUCAAAGCCAUGGACAUUGGAGGCACUUCAGACCCCUAUGUAAAAGUGUGGUUGAUGCACAAGGACAAACGCGUAGAGAAGAAGAAGACGGUGGUAAUGAAACGCUGCCUGAACCCUGUUUUUAACGAGUCCUUUCCCUUUGACGUGCCGGCCCACGUGUUGAGGGAGACCACCAUAAUUAUCACCGUCAUGGACAAGGACAGACUCAGUCGCAAUGAUGUCAUUGGAAAGAUUUAUCUAUCAUGGAAGAGUGGUCCAGCAGAGGUUAAACACUGGAAGGACAUGAUAAGUCAUCCUCGUACCACCGUGGCCCAGUGGCACUCUCUCAAAACCUGAGCGGCCCAGCAGCCACACUGCCUAAAGUGUUAUCCCGAAACAACCCCCCCACACCGAGAAGUCAGCGUGAGCCUCUCUGCACACAUCCCUUUCUCCCUAAACGAAGUGUUGGGCUGUGGACCAUGUGUCACCUCUUUGUUCUCAGGCCUCUUUGAUAUUCCUCGCCCUCAGCCCUUGUGAAUCAGCCCUAAAAUUGCACCCUCUUGUCAGGUUCUGAUUGCCACCUGACUCCUUCACAUCGGUUUGUCCGAACCUAAAAAAAAUGUCUUUGAUGUCUUAGCUCCCUUGUGCCCUCUUUCUAUACCAUUUAUUUCCCAAGAUAUCUCUCGAAUCUUUCUUCCAUCGUCUCAGCCAUUCUUGGAGCCUGACAUGAGAGCAGUGGCUCUUGCUGCCCAUGGAUACAAACUACCAACCAAAAAUGAAUCAAACUGAUAGUCAAAUCAUCCUCAGUGGCAGCAAGAGGGACUGUGUGUGAGCGUGAGCGUGACCCGUGGGAAUCAUGCACCACCUCACGUCAGGCGCCUUCGUUCCUUCCAUUUUCGUCUCUGAUCCUUCAUAUCUUCAAAAUGCCUAAAA